GUGUGGUUAGUACACAGCUGGCUGUUUUUUUAAUUCAGUAAGAAUUGUGCAAAAUUAUACAGUUAAACUGACGACUGUGAUAAACAAUAUAAUCAAAAAUGAAAACACGGUUUAGUUCUUAUGAUAUUAUAUGUGGAGUCGCGGAACUUCAAAGGUUAAUCGGUUUACGUGUAAACCAGGUAUAUGAUAUUGAUAAUAAGACUUAUCUUUUCCGGCUUCAUGGAGGCGGAGCGUCGGAGAAGAUUACGUUGUUGAUUGAAUCUGGUACUCGGUUUCACACGACUGCUUUUGAAUGGCCAAAAAAUGUGGCACCUUCGGGAUUCUGCAUGAAGUUCCGGAAACACUUAAAAAAUAAAAGACUUGAGCAUAUAAAUCAACUAGGUGCUGAUAGAAUAGUUGACUUUCAAUUUGGCACUGGUGAAGCUGCUUACCAUGUGUUUUUAGAGUUAUAUGAUCGUGGAAAUGUUAUUUUAACUGAUAAUGAGCAAACAAUAUUAUACAUAUUAAGACCUCACUCGGAAGGAGAAAGUAUAAGAUUUGCCGUGCGUGAAAAAUAUCCAAUCAAUCGAGCGAAAAAAGGAAAUUCUGAACUGCUGGAAGAAGAACUGCGUGAAAUAGUAGAACAUUCAACUGAAGGUGAAAGUUUGAAACGUAUAUUAAUGCCAAUUUUAGACUGUGGUCCAGCAGUAAUUGAGCAUGUUCUGAUUGAACAUGGGUUAGAAAAUCACUUCUUAAAAGGUUCUGUCGAUCAAGAGCAAGGACAAGCAGAAUCAAUAAAAAAACAAAAUAAAAGAAAAAACCGGAAAAAUCUGCAGGAAGCUCAAUCUGAUAUAAAAUUGUUUGAUUUAACGUCAGAUUUACCGGCACUUAUGCAGGCAAUCAAGAGCGCGAGGGAUAUAAUUUCAAUUGGACAGAAUGGAAGCUGCAAAGGAUUUAUAAUUCAAGUUAAAGAAGAAAAACCCACAAAUACUGAACAUACAGAACAUUUUUAUAGAAAUAUUGAGUUUCAUCCAUAUUUGUUUUCACAAUAUAAAGAACUGCCUUUUAAAGAAUAUGAAACAUUCAUGGAGGCAGUUGAUGAGUUUUUUUCAUCUCAAGAAUCACAAAAAAUUGAUAUGAAAACAUUACAACAAGAAAGAGAAGCCCUUAAAAAGCUUUCCAAUGUCAAAAAAGAUCACACAAAGCGUCUGGAGGAACUUAACAAAGUGCAAGAUGAUGAUAAGAAAAAAGCGGAAUUAAUAACAUGCAAUCAGAGUUUAGUUGAUAAAGCUAUUUUGGCAAUUCAGUCAGCCAUAGCCAGUCAGUUGUCGUGGCCAGACAUACAAGAGCUUGUAAAAGAAGCCCAAGCCAAUGGUGAUAUUGUUGCAAGUUCGAUAAAACAAUUAAAGUUAGAAAUCAACCACAUAUCAUUAUUACUUACCGAUCCAUAUAACAACGGAAGCGAAUAUACAAGUGAUGAUAAUAAUGCUGAGAACAAUGAUUCAUUUAUAGUAGACAUUGAUUUGGCCCUAUCCGCUUGGGCCAAUGCUCGCCGAUAUUACGAUUUGAAGCGGUCAGCUGCUCUAAAAGAGCAAAAAACGAUUGAUGCUUCACAGAAAGCUCUAAAGUCAGCCGAGCGCAAGACGCAGCAAACUCUAAAAGAAGUACGCACUAUAUCUAAUAUAGCUAAAGCAAGAAAAAUAUUUUGGUUUGAAAAGUUUUUUUGGUUUGUUAGUUCCGAGAACUACUUAGUAAUUGGAGGAAGAGAUGCCCAGCAAAAUGAACUUAUUGUUAAAAGGUACAUGCGGUCAAAAGAUAUAUAUGUUCAUGCGGAUAUUCAAGGUGCAUCAAGUGUUAUAAUUCGUAACGCAACUGGGGAAGAAAUUCCACCCAAAACAUUAUUAGAAGCUGGUACUAUGGCCAUUUCAUACAGCGUGGCGUGGGAUGCAAAAGUUGUAACAAAUGCAUACUGGGUUUAUAGCAAUCAAGUUAGUAAAACGGCUCCAACAGGAGAAUAUUUGGGAACAGGUAGUUUUAUGAUUCGUGGAAAAAAAAAUUUUUUGCCAUCUUGUCAUCUUAUUAUGGGCCUGAGCCUACUUUUUAAACUUGAGGAUGGCUUCGUACAACGUCAUGUAGGAGAACGGAAAAUUCGAGCUACAGAAGAUAUCAUAGAUGUUGAUAAAAUUGAACAGCCAGAAAUUACGUCUACAGAUUUAAUUGAAUUAAAUGAGGGUUGUGAUGCAAGUACUGAAUACGCAAAUAAUUCUUUUCCAAACACAGAAGUAAAGAUUGAACAUGAUACGGGCAAAAUAACUGUUAAAACUGAUUUAUUUGUUGAAACUGAUAAAUCGAGCACUGUCGACCAACGAAGCCAAGACCUAACAAAUGAUGAAGAUGCAGUCAUUAUAAAACCAGGUCCAUCCCGAAAGAAGAAUCAAUCGACAAAAAAACGAAGGGAAUGCAAAGAACGGUCAGAAAAAACAAGUAUUGAGAUGCUUCGCAUUACCGCGCCAGAAAUGGAAACGAAUUCUGCUAAAGUUAAACGUGGCCAAAAAGGAAAGCUGAAAAAAAUGAAACUGAAAUAUAAAGAUCAAGACGAUGAGGAACGUAAAAUUAGGAUGAUGAUCCUAAAGUCAUCUGGAAAGGACAAACUACUAACUAAUUCUGACACAGAAGAGGCAAAACCUAGUACUUUAAAAAAAAAUACUCCAGCGAAAGCAUUAGAAACCGUUAUCGACAAAAAUCAAAUUGAAAUUGAAGAUAACGACGAGAGUCCUGUGACUGUGGACACCGAUUUGCUAGAUAGCCUUACUGGUGUGCCAUUUGAUGAUGAUGAGUUGUUAUUUGCUAUACCAGUUGUGGCUCCGUAUCAAGCAUUGCAACAAUAUAAGUUCAAAGUAAAGCUUACACCUGGUACUGGAAAACGUGGAAAAGCAUCUAAAUUGGCACUAAGUAUUUUUUCAAAAGAAAAAGCCUGUAAUAAUCGUGAAAGAGAUUUACUGAAAAGUAUAAAAGAAGAAUCACUUGCACGGAACAUUCCAGGAAAAGUGAAAAUUUCGGCACCUCAGUUACAAAAGUUACGAAAAUAAAUGCUUUUGAAGUCGUACAUAAUUUGAAAUUAUAUAAAAAGUUAUUUCUAUAAUUAAAACAAAUAAAACAAGUAAGAAAGCUCUAGUUGGGGUACCCGACUAGGCAAUACCCUGAUCCCAGUCCUAUAUGCGUUUAUUAACA